CAGUGGAACUCGGAGCAGGACAUCUGCCAAAAAAGAUCAGAAAAAAAAGCUACAGUCAUGUCUGGCACAAGAAAGAUUUCAGCCUUUCUCGCUUUUUGCCUGAUUUUUGUAACUGUAUCAGAAGCAAUGACAUUGAUGAAAGCAGCAUCAGAACUAAGAUGUCAGUGCGUCGCUACGCAAUCCACCUUCAUACACCCUCGACUUUAUCAAAGCGUUGAACUUAUUCCCAGUGGCCCACACUGCAAGAAUGUAGAACUAAUAAUCACCAUAACAACAGGUGAAGCUGUAUGUGUGGAUCCCUCUGCUCCUUGGGUUGAAAGGAUCAUCAAAAAGAUAUUAGAAAGUAAAGAGAACACUGAAGAGCCAACAAUAUAGAAUUGGAGUCAGAAGAAGAUGUGUCUAUUUCUCAGGAAAAUUAUUCAGCAAAACUCACCGGGGAUCGGAUGAAAAUUUUCUUUUUAUUAGCAAAAAUUUUUUAUAUUUUGUUAUGUCUUUUGAUACAUAGAUUAUCAUCACUUAAAACAUUAA